AUGUCCGGCGCAAACAGUUGGCUGCAGAGGCAGCGAAAGACCGACCUAACUGAGCUUGCUCAGCAUACUGGUUUAAAGAACUUCGAAGCCCUAAAGAAGCCCGAGCUCGAACUCGCUCUAGAUGAAUACCUAGCAGAGAACUCCACCCAGUUUUCAUCCGAUCCUAAGCUCGCGAAUUACUACUCGAGUCGCGCUCGAACCGUUGGUUCUCCCGUCAAGAGGGAUGCUCCCGAUGGCGCCGUAGAGAGACUCAAGGUCGCAAAGCGACGCGCGACUAAGGCUGCCGAAGAGAUCAUCGCUCCCGAGUCGGAAGAUGAACCCACUAGCACAUCCACUGCCAUCGCGCGUACUCCCGGUCGUGCCCUUUCCCUCGCGAGUCGCAUUCCGCUCCCCGCCACCCCCGCGGAUGUUGCGGAGGCCGUCGACCGCUCCACCGUAGCCGUGAGGACACGCGUUGUAUCUCUAUACAAGGAGUCGGGCAUCACAGAGGCAACCCACGCGACGCGCGAAAGCCUGUCGACCGUGACCUCGGUACUCUUCGCUGUCGCCGCAUUUGAGCUCUACUUCUUACGCCCUGAGAUCCUAGCGGACCGAUACGCGUUCACCAUCCCGGCGAUCUCGUUCCUCGGCACUAAAGACUUCCCUGUCUUCGUCCCUGACAUGUUCCUGCUUCUCACUUCAUCAUUCUGGUCCCCUGCACUCCUAUGGGCUUUCACAAGCUCCAUUCUGCCAAGCAUCACCGGUUACUUCAUCAACUUGAGCGUGUCGCAUCCCGCACGUGUCGGCCGUCGCAACGCUCACGCGUCUGUUGUUGAUCCCUUGGCUUUCAGUAUCGCCAAGGCUCUGAUCUCCUACGUUGUUUACGGCCAGGGCAUUACGUUCGGUGGCUGGAUAGACGAGACAUCCAUCGCGCGCAUCAACACGGCCAUAUACGGUGGCUACAAGGGCAUUCUGACGGGUACCGCUAUCACGGGUAUCCUCAGCAUCUACGAUGCGGUUCUUAAGAAAUAA